AUGACAGUAGCUGCUUCUCCAGUCUGUUCCUGGGAUUGUGCUCUGGCUAUCGUUGGUGUUGGAUUUCUGUGGGGUGCAACGAAUCCGUUGCUACGGUUGGGAUCAAAAUCAACUCCACAGGUGAUGGGAGAUGCACAAACUCUUAGUGUUUGUCGAAGGCUGCUUGCACCUCUGUUCGAUUUGACAGCUCUUCUCAUGAACUGGAGGUUUUCGAUACCAUUUAUAGUGAAUCAAAGUGCUUCGAUACUCUUCGUAAUGCUUGUAUCUCGCUAUCCUGUGUCUGUCGUGGUUCCAUGUGUGAAUGCACUGCAAUUCGUGUUUACGGCCGUUGCUGGGCAUUUAAUUGGCGAGCGGAUGCUUGACCGUCGACGUUGCAUGGGAGUUACUACCGUUAUCGCAGGAGCACUCAUAAUGAUGACGUCGGAUGCUUUAAAUGCAGGAUGA